CGGCGGCAGCGGCGGCAGCGAAAGCAAAGGAAAAAUUUCUAGCUGGACACGGUACCCGAGAAUCCCAGCCAUAGACUCAGAACUUUUACAGGUCGUGCUGUGACGAGCACCCUCCUUGGCCCCCAAGUCUUCAGGCAGUACAGGACUUUGCCUUCCCUGCUGCAGGCAGGGGGGAUAGGAGUUGCAAGCAGCAGCAGGUGCAGAAGGGCGGGGGUCUCCUGAUUCCUGGAACCGUGACCCACAGAAAAUUUCCCCCCUUUUCCAGCCCAACGCAGGAGAGAUGGUGUCUUCAGAUUUCUGAACUCAAAUGCUUCCUGAAGCUUGAAAGUAAAGGAAUUCAGAGCCACGAGGUGCAGACAGACAGUGCAUUAGAAGCCUUCAUCGUCCAAGCUCCAAAUCUCCUGCUUGCAAGGAAACAGUGCUGCCGGAAAGAUCCUGCAGCCCUCUUGUCUUGGCUAAACGGAACUCUGACCCCAGGCACGGCCUUGGGACCCUGCUGCAAACUGGGUGCGUAUACAGAGGACAGCUUAACCCCUUAGCGGAGGAAUGGAUAACGUUCUCCCGGUUGAUUCAGACCUCUUCUCAAACAUCUCCACCAACACCUCGGAGCCCAAUCAGUUCGUGCAGCCAGCCUGGCAAAUUGUCCUUUGGGCAGCUGCCUACACGGUCAUUGUGGUGACCUCCGUGGUGGGCAACGUGGUGGUAAUGUGGAUCAUCUUGGCCCACAAGAGAAUGAGGACAGUCACCAACUAUUUCCUGGUGAACUUGGCCUUCGCGGAGGCCUCCAUGGCUGCAUUCAACACAGUGGUGAACUUCACCUACGCUGUCCGCAAUGAGUGGUACUAUGGCCUGUUCUACUGCAAGUUCCACAACUUCUUCCCCAUCGCUGCCGUCUUUGCCAGUAUCUACUCCAUGACGGCCGUGGCCUUCGAUAGGUACAUGGCCAUCAUCCAUCCUCUCCAGCCCCGGCUGUCGGCCACAGCCACCAAAGUGGUCAUCUGUGUCAUCUGGGCCCUGGCUCUCCUGCUGGCCUUCCCCCAGGGCUACUACUCGACCACAGAGACCUUGCCUAACAGGGUGGUGUGCAUGAUCAAAUGGCCAGAACAUCCCAACAAGGUUUACGAGAAAGUGUACCACAUUUGUGUAACUGUGCUGAUCUACUUCCUCCCCCUGCUGGUGAUCGGCUAUGCAUACACCGUAGUGGGAAUCACACUGUGGGCCAGCGAGAUCCCCGGGGACUCCUCUGACCGUUACCAUGAGCAAGUCUCUGCCAAACGCAAGGUGGUCAAGAUGAUGAUCGUUGUGGUAUGCACUUUCGCAAUCUGCUGGCUACCCUUCCACGUCUUCUUCCUCCUGCCCUACAUCAACCCAAAUCUCUACCUGGAGAAGUUCAUUCAGCAGGUCUACCUGGCCAUCAUGUGGCUGGCCAUGAGCUCUACCAUGUAUAACCCCAUCAUCUACUGCUGCCUCAAUGACAGGUUCCGGGUGGGCUUUAAGUACGCCUUCCGGUGCUGCCCCUUCAUCAGUGCCAGUGACUACGAGGGACUUGAAAUGAAAUCCACCCGGUACCUCCAGACCCAGGGCAGCGUGUAUAAAGUCAGCCGCCUGGAGACCACCAUCUCCACAGUGGUGGGGAAUCACGAGGAGGAGCUGGAGGAGGGCCCCAAGGCCACACCCUCAUCCCUGGACCUGACCUCAGACGGCUCCUCUCGCAGCGACUCCAAGACGGUGACAGAGAGCUUCAGCUUCUACUCCAACAUGCUCUCCUAGACCCCAGCGCCUUCAGCAGAGGCAGCCACCAUCGUCUUUGUCUUGUUUCACUUCAUGCAUGAAUAAUUCCUUGAUCUGGAAACCAUCAGAAACACCCCAACACUGGGGCUUGUGAAAAUGGUCAGAAUGGUUUAGGGAAAACAUUCCAUCCCAGACUCUUCCCUGUUUUUGCCACCCCCAUGCUGUGUGACCCAAGGCAAAUCAGUCUCUGAGCCUAUAGGAUGGGAAGACUGGGCUUAAUUUUCUCUGCAAUUCAUUCCAUGAUUCUGGAAUGAACUUUGGCUGCAUGUGAGCACUCAUUUCAAGAUGAAUCCUGCAAUGCGGCAACAGAUCCAACUGAUCUGUUUGCCUAGAGCCUCUGUCUUACUUCAGUACUGUCAUUCUCAUUAUGUUCGGAUCACCUUCCUUUAGCUGGUAGCCUCUUUCACUUGAUAGGCUGGACAAAAGAAGGAACGAAAUAAAAAUCUGAAUGAAAGAUUUAACCCCAUCUUACAGGCUCCCGUGAAAAGAAGACAAAGUGUUCCUUUUAGGCAUCUCAGUAUUUUAGGAUAUCAUGGGAUUGAGAGCCUAAUAUUCAUCUGCCUUAUGUCUAUGUCCCCAGAGGCUGUCCUGAGAAACUGAUGCAGGCAGAAUAUGUCCAUUGAUGCCAAGUAAUGUCUGUCAUAAACCAAGA